GCCAAUUAAGUACCUUGCAACAAACAAUAACAGAGAUUAAGGCCCAAAAUGCUGGAAUACAAACUAGUAUGGAAUUUCUAUCAGCUAAAUACGAUAAUUUAUUUAAGGAAUUAGAAAUAUUAAAAAAUGAACGUAAGAAUUACAAUGACAAUAUACUCGAAUUAAAAAAUGAAAUCGAAGUACUAGAAAGAAGUUCCAACGCCACUAAAUUAGAAAUAAGAAAUAUUUCUAAAUUCGAGAAUGAAAAUAAAAAAUCAUUAUCCCAGAUAGUUAUCGAUAUAGGCCAGUCUUUAAAGCUUGACAUUAAGGGCUCCGAUAUACGGGAUGUGUAUCGUCCCUUUGGUAAAUCGGAUGUAGUAAGACCAAUUAUCGUGGACCUAAACUCUGUUAUUCUGAAAAAUGAUAUAGUACAAAGUUACAGAAAGCUCAACAAAUCUGGAGAUAAAUUGAAUAGUUCUCAUAUUAAAAUGAAGGGACCUACUAAGCUGAUUUUCAUCUCUGAGUGUCUUACGUUUGAAGGAAAAAAGAUUUUUUAUUCUGCGCGCGAUUUUUGUAGAACAAAUCAAUUCAAAUUUUGAUGGAUCUCACAUGGGAAAAUUUAUAUGAGGAAGAAAGAAGGAGCUCAGCUGAUUCGAAUCGACAAAGAAGAAACACUCAAUAAUCUUCUAAAAGAUUAUAAAUGACUAUACCUGGCUAUAUUUAAGAUUUAUUAUUGUUUAUUUUUAUUUUUAAUAUCUCGCAUGAUUAUGUUUCCUCAAUUUUGUUUUUGCUUUUAUAUUAAUAAUUCAAUGCUUGUUAAUGCUAUCUACACUAUACACAAAUACACUCUAAUGACAUUUGUAUGUAAGCAAAUGGAAUUCAUUCCUACAUUUUAUCUUAAAAGGAUCAGAUGCAUGGUUCAUAUGUCAUUUUAUAGUUAUAACUUUGAAAAACUUUUUCAAGUGGGAUGUAUUGAACGAGUAAUUCUAAUUUCCCAGUGUGGGCGUGUUCGAUUAUUCAUUAUUAGCAAAUGGAUAUUUGCACAUGGCACUCUCUUGUAUUGUUUUAACUGUGGGUAUGGGUAUUUUCUCAUUAUAUUUUCUUGUUAUCUUGUAUUAAUUAAUGAAUGAAAACAGUAUGAUUGCAGAUAUGGAUAAUAUAUCCAUAUCAGAACCCAUAUUAUGUAAUGUCGAAGAUUGCAUUAGACACUUAUCUAAUAAUCCUUCAAAAUACCUUU